CUUUUCCAUGCAACUCUCCUUGUCUUUUGGUUACCACUCCUGAUCGCAUUUUGGCUUUGACCUACGACACCAGUUCGAGUUUUGUGGUCAUUGCCAAUUCAUCAUACGCUACAGCUUUAGACUACUACUACAAUGACUACAACAAGCGUGGCUUUAUAUUUUGGACCGAUAGGGUGGAAAAGAGCAUUAAGCGCUCAAAUAUGGAUGGAACAGACAUAAAAGUUAUCUACAAUGGCCCAGAAGAAUGUUACGGACUAGCUGUGGAUUGGAACUCAUUACAGUUGUAUGGGACUGAUUUAACAAAUGAUACGAUAUGGGUAUCUGACUUUGAGGGAAGAAACAGGCGUAUGGUCAUUUCUUCAGAUCUUGACACGCCUACAGGAAUUGCUCUCGACCCACACGAGGGAUUGAUGUUUUGGAAUGCAUGGGGAAACACCUCGAAAGUCGAGAAAUCAAACUUAGAUGGAACCCAACGUUUUGCUAUAGUAACGUCAAAUCUUACUUGGCCAAGUGGUAUCACUCUUGAUCGACGAAACAAACUUGUUUACUGGGUGGACGAGUCCAGAGGCGCAAUUGAAUCCGUUGAUUACAAUGGGAACAACAGAACUUUACUCUUUCAGCAAAAUGGUUUAGACUUCUAUUCACUUUCCUUCAUCUCCCCUUAUUUAUUCAUCACUGGGUGGAAAGAAAAUUGGAUUUAUAAAUUUGAUGUCUUCAAUGGAACUGUUGUAAGCAUUAUAUCAUUGUCCCACGGAAAAGCUUAUGGACUCGUGGCAUAUGACAGCUAUCGGCAGAUAUCAGGAAUCACGUGCCCAGGAUUGCCUUCACCAACAAACGGAACAAGACUUGGAUGUUCAGGGAAUGCAACUGAGUUUUAUGAUACAGUCUGUCAGUUUAAGUGCAAUAAUGGCUAUACAGGAUCUGGUUCUCAAAUAAGAAGAUGUCAAGAGAAUAAAACUUGGAGUGGUGAAGAGUUUGUCUGUCAAAGAAUCACGUGCCCGGGAUUGCCUUCACCAACAAACGGAACGAGACUUGGAUGUUCAGGGAAUGCAACUGAGUUUUAUGAUACAGUCUGUCAGUUUGAGUGCAAUAAUGGCUAUGUAGGAUCUGGUUCUCAAAUGAGAAGAUGUCAAGAGAAUAAAACUUGGAGUGGUGAUGAGUUUGUCUGUCAAAUUGUGAUGUGCCCUACUCCGAUGCCACCAGCCAACAGUGUUCGACAGGGAUGCACUGGGAAUGCAACAGAAUACCCUUAUAACACAGAGUGUCAGUUCUCCUGCAUUGAGGGCUAUAAACUUGUUGGCUCUAGCUUGAGAAAAUGCCAAGACAACGGGCUCUGGAGCGGAGGAGGGGAAUUUUAUUGCGAGAGAAUCACGUGCCCAGGAUUGCCUUCACCAACAAACGGAACAAGACUUAGAUGUUCAGGGAAUGCAACUGAGUUUUAUGAUACAGUCUGUCAGUUUAAGUGCAAUAAUGGCUAUGUAGGAUCUGGUUCUCAAAUAAGAAGAUGUCAAGAGAAUAAAACUUGGAGUGGUGAUGAGUUUGUCUGUCAAAGAAUCACGUGCCCAGGAUUGCCUUCACCAACAAACGGAACAAAACUUGGAUGUUCAGGGAAUGCAACUGAGUUUUAUGAUACAGUCUGUCAGUUUGAGUGCAAUAAUGGCUAUGUAGGAUCUGGUUCUCAAAUAAGAAGAUGUCAAGAGAAUAAAACUUGGAGUGGUGAUGAGUUUGUCUGUCAAAUUGUGAUGUGCCCUACUCCGUUGCCGCCAGCCAACAGUGUUCGACAUGGAUGCACUGGGAAUACAGCAGAAUACCCUUAUAACACAGAAUGUCAGUUCUCCUGCAUUGAGGGCUAUAAACUCGUUGGCUCUAGCUUGAGAAAAUGCCAAGACAACGGGCUCUGGAGCGGUGGAGGGGAGUUUUAUUGCGAGAGGAUAAUAUGUGAUUCUCUUCAACUUCCUCCCAAUGUGAGAACGAACGGUUCUUGCAACCGGUUGCCAGGCAACGGUUGUCACUUUACCUGCGAACGAGGCUUCAACUUGAUUGGCUCAGAAAUCAUGUGGUGCAAUAACGAUGGAUCAUGGACCGGCACGCAACCUCGAUGUGAUGUUGUUACCUGCCCAAUGUUAUCAUUACCGACCAAUGGUGUAUUCUUGGGAUGUAACACUAAUACGACGGAGAUGUUAUAUGGCACAGAAUGCAGCUUCUCUUGUAAAGAAGGAUCUGUAGCGACUGGUUCAACAGGAAGGAGAUGUACGGAAAAUGGAAACUGGACUGGAACAGACCUUGAGUGUACAGGUAUAAGAGAUCUGGCAAAACUCUGAAUCAUGAAAACUUAAAAUAAUCAUAAUUGCCAUUCGAGAAUCCCGCCCACUUAUUCGAUUGGCGAUCUUGAUAAUUAAACAAUUCAAGGCCAUCGAAAUUUUUUUUAUGGUUCGCACAAAGUUGCAGCAAUUUUUUGUUAUGUUUAUGCGGUCCAUCUUACAAAUCGAUAAUUCAUCAAUCAUUGAUGUACCAUCGUUAAACGCUAUAUAAUAACUUGACCAUCUGGAUCGCCAGUCGAUACAGGUUCGUCCACAGUACUUAUGCUCCCAAUCAUUUCAGAUCCGUAGUCGAUCUAAAUUGUUGCAGCAGACUUUAUUAUGACUUUGAAGUUGAUUUAAUAUAUCCCUACAUGGAUUGGUCAAUCGACAUACGAUCGCACCAUGUAAAAAAAUUGACGAUAUUAGAUCACCAGUCGAUGAAAGAUCGUCGAUAGUCUUAUGACUGGGAUUCGCAAUCAUAGUUGAUCGCUACAGUCGAUCUAAUAUCGUUGCGUAUUCCUUUUUUAUGGCUACACGGUCCAUUUCGUAAGAAUCAAUCGACGUGGAAUUGAAAGACGCAUUAAUUUGACGAUCAUAGAUCGAGUCGAUACAAGAUCGUCAGUGGUCUUAGUCUGGCAUUUUCGUAACAUUCUUUGCUAUGGCUGCGUGGUCCAUCAAAUUUAUCUGUACCUGAAGCGAUCGAUGCACGAUUGUGAAUCGCACAUGAUAACUUGACGAUCUUCGAUCAUUAGUCGAUACAAGAUCGUCGAUAGUCUUAUUAUUUGCAGUGAUUUUAGAUCGCAGUACUCGAUCUAACAUCGUUGUGUUAUUAUUCUGUAUUGCUUAUGUCGGCUGAUCCUAUGUAUCUGUGCAUGAAUCAGUCGACUCAAGGUUCAUCAGUAAGGAGAUGCAUGGAAAAUGGAGUUUGAAAUUGAACAGAUUUUGA